GCAAGUUCUGAGGACGCCGGUGGCGCCGAGGUUAGAAGAGGGGGUUCCAGGUCCCCACGUCAGGAGGUGCGAACCCGAAGGUCGACCCAGAAAUGGGACGCCGGUCUUCAGACACUGAAGAAGAAAGCAGAAGCAAGAGGAAAAAGAAACACAGGAGGCGGUCAUCUUCAAGCAGCUCUUCAGACAGCAGGACGUACAGCCGCAAGAAGGGCGGGAGGAGGCCAAGGUCGGAGUCACGAUCCUGGUCUAGAGACCGCCAGCCUCGCUCACGUUCUUAUGAGAGGAGACGCAGGCGCAGGUCAAGCAGCAGCUCUUCUUAUGGCUCCAGAAGAAAACGCAGUCGCAGUCGUUCCAGGGGCCGAGGGAAGUCCUAUAGAGUUCAGAGGUCUCGGUCAAAGAGCAGAACAAGAAGGUCCAGGUCAAGACCUCGUCCACGCUCACAUAGUAGAAGCAGUGAAAGAUCCAGUCACAGAAGAACUCGUAGUAGGUCCAGGGACAGAGACAGCGUAAAAAGUUCGGGACAAAGAGAAGAGAAAAAGGAGAAGGAUAAAGGCAAAAGACAAAAAGAGGCGCACAGCAUCAACCUGGGGGAUUGUGGAAACAUCAAAGCUGGAUUAGAACAUCUGCCUCCAGCUGAGCAGGCCAAAGCCAGACUUCAAUUGGUCCUUGAAGCUGCUGCAAAAGCUGAUGAAGCAUUAAAAGCCAAAGAAAGGAAUGAGGAAGAAGCAAAGAGAAGAAAAGAAGAAGACCAAGCCACCCUGGGAGAACAAGUAAAAAGAGUAAAAGAAAUUGAAGCAAUUGAAAGUGAUUCUUUUGUUCAGCAGACAUUCAGAUCAAGUAAAGAUGUCAAAAAGUCGGUAGAGCCGAGUGAGGUGAAGCAUGUGACUCCAGCCUCAGGACCAGCAUCAGUAGCUGCUGACCCACCCAGCACUGGAAAGGAAAUAGACCCUGACAGCAUCCCCACGGCUAUCAAGUACCAAGAUGACAAUUCUCUAGCUCAUCCAAAUUUAUUUAUUGAAAAAGCUGAAGCUGAGGAAAAGUGGUUCAAGAGAUUGAUUGCUCUCCGACAAGAACGACUGAUGGGCAGUCCUGUGGCCUAAGCAGUAGACUUACGGUCGGAUUGACAGGAAGCUUGGAAACUUAGGUUUUAAAGACCAACAUUAACUUUCACUCUCAAAAAUAGCUUAGCCAGUUACAUGAAAAGAGAAAACUCAUUUCUUCCCUCGUGUUCAACUAAAUAUUUGGUAACUUGAAUCAAACAUUGUGGAUAGUGAAUCUGUUAUAAACGUGCUGAGUGCAUGAACAUAUUAUACUGUUAAUAAAGCAAAUAAUAAAAAUA